CCGCAUUAUAAUAUGCAGCCACGCCGCAGCAGCGGCAGCAGCCAGCCAGCCAGCCAGCCAGCGUCGUCGCAGCCGCACCGCCACCCCCACCCCCGCCGGAAACAGAGGAGAGGGAGGAGGAGGAGGCGAGGAGCGCGUGGCUGGUUGGUGGUGCUAUGAGAGGGCCGGCCGCGUCCCGGGGGCGGGCAUCGGCGGCGGCCGUCUUGUUGGGAGUUCUUGUUUUGGUGUCGUUGGUGAUCGUGGUGGCGGAGAGGCCGCCUGCGCCGGCGAUCGGAGGGCGGAGGAUGCUGCUGGCAGGCGAUGGAGGAGAGGCCAGGAGGACUCUGGAGAAUUUCCGGGCCGACGAUCCUUUCCAGGACAGCGCGAGGAGGGUGCCCAAUGGCCCUGAUCCUAUCCACAACAGGGGUGCCGGCAAGUCCGGAAGAUCGCCGGGGCGAGCGUAGGGGCGCGGCGCACAUCCAUGGCGCGGAAGCUUCCGGCGGUUAUGUUGGGGCAGAGAGAUAGUGAAUUGCAUUGCAUUGCAUUGUAUCUCCUGAAGAAGGGACAACAAACAAGAGCUACUACAAUAUAUUAUGGUGGGUCUGGAUGGUGUAACUAGGGAGGGGGAGGUGGCCUGGACAUGGGACUAUCUUGUUCUAAGCACUGCUAUUUAAGAAGGUUUUAAGCAUAAAAACUUUAGCUUUUUUGCGAAAACAGAGGCUGUGUUGUGGUGGUGUGGUGGGGGGUUCAGUUUUGUAAAGUGACCAAGCUUCCCUCUCAAGCACCAAAGAUUCUUGGCAA